GUAAAGAGGGCAGAACACUAUACCUUCUGGUAGGAAAAGUUUAAAAAUAGUAUCAAAAUGUUCAAGUAUCUGGUCUUGCUGACCAUCCUGGCCUUGGUCAGUGCUGAGAUCCAGCGGAUAAAGAUCCACAAGAACAGGGAUCACAAGAACACCCGCCACAGUCGCAAGCAGGCGAUCCAGGCCCUGAAACUCAAGUACCACAUAACCGACGAUCUCAUAAUCUACGACGAUGGAGUUCCGGUUUAUGUGCAGCCCGAUUACGGAUACGACUAUCCCAGCCAGAACUCGGACGACUACACCUCCGAGGAGCUGGGCAACUCGAUGAACAUGUACUACUACGGCGAGAUCAGCAUCGGCACUCCGCCGCAGUACUUCAACGUGGUCUUCGACACGGGUUCCGCCAACCUGUGGAUCCCCUCGGCCCAGUGCCUCUCCACCGAUGUCGCCUGCCAGCAGCACAACCAGUACAACGCCAGUGCCUCCUCCACCUACGUGGCCAGUGGCCAGAACUUCUCCAUCCAGUACGGAACGGGCAGUGUCACCGGUUACCUGGCCAUAGAUACUGUUACCAUCAAUGGCUUGGCCAUUGCCAAUCAGACCUUCGGGGAGGCGGUUUCCCAGCCUGGCAGCAGCUUCACCGACGUGGCCUUCGAUGGCAUUCUGGGCAUGGGCUACCAGCAGAUCGCCGAGGACAACGUGGUGCCGCCGUUCUACAACCUCUACGAGCAGGGCCUCAUCGAUGAGCCCGUCUUUGGGUUCUACUUGGCCAGGAACGGCUCCUCGGAGGAGGGCGGCCAACUGGCGCUGGGCGGAACCGAUCUGGACUUGAUCGACGGCGAGAUGACCUACACCCCGGUUGUGCAGGAGGGCUACUGGCAGUUCGGAGUGAACAACAUCACCUGGAACGGAACCGUCGUCUGCGAUGGCUGCCAGGCAAUCGCCGACACGGGAACCUCCCUGAUCGCCUGUCCCCCGGCUGCCUACCAACUGGUUAACUCCCUGAUUGGCGCCACCCUCAUCGAGGGAGACUACUACGUGCCCUGCUCCACCGUGAGCUCCCUGCCCGUGCUCACCUUCAACAUCGCCGGCGCCAACUUCGACUUGCCUCCCUCGGUCUACAUCCAGACCUACACCGAGGGCAACUACACCACCUGCAUGUCCACCUUCACCUACAUCGGCACUGACUUCUGGAUCCUCGGCGACGUCUUCCUGGGCCAGUACUAUACCGAGUUCGACUUUGGCCAGAACCGCGUGGGCUUCGCCAACCUGGCUUGAACCCUCAACGAACGAACGCUCUGUUAAAUGUUUAGUUUAAAGAAGCAUACAUAAUACCAAAAAAAAAAUAUAUCUCUCUUGAUUAAUGAA